AUGAGUAGCAUUAAGACAAGGACCCGUCUCACACCACCCACCAGGGCCGAUGCCUUUAUUCCACUGACUGACGAGCUGUUCCUGUUCUUGGUGUACCUGUCACUGGGUCUGAAGGAGAAAGGUCUGGGCAAUCGGUUCAACGUUCAUCAGUCCACCGUCAGCAGGACAAUCAGGACAUGCUCGGUCAGUGACGAGGAAUUGUUCAGGGAAUCUGGCAUUAACCCUCUUUUGGAUAGAGACAUGACUGUAACGGUGGAUAAGGGAUCCAGAUUUGAUGCCCUGCAAGGAAGUCACCGCGUGUUUCCCGGGCAGCUUGACUUCGGAGCAGCUCGGGCCGGACUCGGCUCUGCUCGGUUUAUUUUCCUCCCGCCCUCCACCGGAGCGGAGCGAGAUGAUCACCGGACCCUGUGGCGUUUGGGCGCUUUGUGGUCGGACAGUCUGGACGGAACGGACCUGGAACCAGAACCGACCGGAAGCAGCGACCGGGCGGCAGCACGGAGCCGAACAUCAGCGCGACUUUACGGGCGUUUCAGAGCCGAGAGGCCCCGGAGAGAUACCGAGCGGUCCGAGACAGCGGAGCCGGGUGGCGGUGGACUGCUGGCGGCUGCAGCUGCGGGCGGAGGACUGACUCAGAGACAUGUCAUUGAGCUGGUUCAGAAGUACGGCGUGAAGCGCUGGUCGCUCAUCGCCAAGCACCUGCGGAGUCGUAACGGGAAGCAGUGCCGCGAGCGCUGGCACAACCACCUGAACCCGACGGUGAAGAAGAGCAGCUGGACGCUGGAGGAGGACGGCGUCAUCUGUCAGGCCCACAGGCUGCUGGGAAACCGCUGGGCCGACAUCUCCAAGUUGCUGCCGGGCAGGACAGAUAAUGCCAUCAAAAACCACUGGAACUCCACCCUGAAGAGGAGGGUGGAGAAGGAGGGAUACCUGCAGGUCCUACACCUCCACAACUCCUGCACCAGCUCCUCCAACACCUCCUCCAACUCCUCCUACUCCACCAGGCCAGCAUCCAGGACCCGCGGCCCCCCCGGCACAGCCAACAUCUCCACCAAGGCUGACGGUGUGUCCACUGUGAAGGACGAGUCCAGCUGCAUUUCCUGUGGUCAGAGUGUGUGUGGGUGCCAUGGCAACCAAGCCCACCUGUGCUCCAUCUGUGUCCCCGCCCCCUCCACCUCAGGUUACAGCUCCUCUCUGAGCAUGUGCGAGCUGACAGCGCCCAUGGACCUGAUGGAGACGAACCCAGAGACCUGGAGCUGUGGCCCAGAGGAAGUGACAUCAUCGCUGUCCACCUGCCUGUACAGACAGGACGCCGACCUGUCAGUCAUCAGUCUGAGCACCAGUUAUGUUACAGGUUUGAAGGAGCAGCUGGUGACCAGUGAGGAUGGAGCCUCCUUGUUAGACUCCUCCUCCUCCUGGAGCAGAGGCAGCAGGGCGGGGCCUCUGACGUUCUCCCCUUCUGAGCUCUUCAGUCUGUGCGGUGUCGAGGAUCUGAAGUUACAGCAUCCAGCUCUCACCUCCACCCCCGUGUGUUCCCAUAAACACUCCACCAACACCAACCAGGGCGACUCCUGCAGCCACAGGACGCCCUCAGAGACCAGGGAGAGGGUCAGAGCGCUGUGCACGGCAGCGCCUCAAACACCAACGCCACUGAAGAUCAACAAGAGAGAAGACGAGGUUCCAGUUUGUUCAAGCAGAAUGAUGAACGUGACGUGGGAGGAGCCAAGUGUGGAUCCUGACAGUCAGCAGUCCAGCAGCAGCUCUGAGGUCCAGGGAGAGAGUCUGCUGAGCUCCAUCCUGCAGGUCCAGAGAGAGUUUGUCUCCAGCUGUGAGGAGUUUGGCUGCUUCCCGUUGGACGGACGGACAGAGGUGUGGUGGUGUCAGCAGUCGGUCACUUACCUGCACUCUCCUGAAUGUCCUGCGUACAGACUGAACCCCUUUGAGCAGAGCGAGGACUUACAGGUGCUGAUGUUCGGGAAAACAGACGACCAGAUGACUCUGACAGAGCAGGCCCAACUCUACGUGGAGCCCUGAUCCUCCUCGACCAUCAGGACCAUCAGCUGGCAGGUAUCAUCCUCAUCCUCACCCUCACCCUCAUCCUCACCCUCACCCUCACCCUCAUCCUCACCCUCACCCUCACCCUCAUCCUCAUCCUCAUCCUCAUCCUCAUCCUCACCCUCACCCUCACCCUCACCCUCAUCCUCAUCC